AUGGACGUGGACGUGGACGUGGACGUGGACGUGGACGUGGACGUGGAGAACUUGGACGUGGACAUGGACGUGAACGUGGACCUGGACGUGGACAUGGACGUGGACGUGGACGUGGACGUGGACGUGGACGUGGACGUGGACGUGGAGAUGGACGUGGACGUGGAGAUGGACGUGGACAUGGACGUAGACGUGGACGUGGACAUGGACGUGGACGUGGACGUGGACGAGGACGUGGAGGACGUGGACGUGGACGUGGACGUGGACGUGGACGUGGACGUGGAGAACUUGGACGUGGACAUGGACGUGAACGUGGACGUGGAUGUGGACUUGGAGGACUUGGACGUGGACAUGGAUGUGGACGUGGACGUGGACGUGGACGUGGACGUUGACGUGGACGUGGACGUGGACAUGGAUGUGGACGUGGACGUGACGUGGACGUGGACGUGGACGUGGAUGUGGACAUGGACGUGGACGUGGACGUGGACGUGGUCAUGGAGGUGGACGUGGACAUGGACGUGGACGUGGACGUGGACGUGGUCAUGGAGGUGGACGUGGACGUGGACGUGGACAUGGACGUGGACAUGGACGUGGACGUGGACGUGGACAUGGACGUGGACAUGGACGUGGACGUGGACGUGGACGUGGACGUGGACGUGGAGUGGAGAUGGAGUGGACGUGGACGUGGACAUGGACGUGGACGUGGACGUGGACGUGGACGUGUGUUAG